AUGACAUCCCAGAAGAGACCCAACUUCCUAGUCAUCGUAGCCGACGACCUAGGUUUCUCAGAUAUAGGCUGUUUUGGUGGCGAAAUCAACACGCCUAAUCUCGAUAAAUUGGCCAAAAAUGGCCUUCGGUUCACAGACUUUCACGCCGCGGCAGCUUGCUCUCCCUCGCGAGCAAUGAUCAUGACUGGCACAGACCAUCAUAUCGCUGGCUUGGGCAACUUGAUCGAAUGGACAAACAUAUCUGGGCAAAAUGAUCCAACGGGUAAAAUGUCUACGAAUGUGCAGAGGGGCAUGCCUGGCUACGAAGGAUAUCUGAAUGAGCGGGUGGUUGCGUUUCCCGAGCUUCUGCGUGACGCUGGGUACCUCACGUUGCUCUCUGGAAAAUGGCACUUGGGCCUGACGCCGGAGAGAGGCCCAAAGGCUAGGGGAUUUGAGCGCAGCUUUGCUCAUUUACCAGCUUGCAGUAACCACUAUGGCUAUGAGCCUCAGAUGGAAAAGGGUGAGGGGCUGCCAACAUUUCUUACCAUGAGCACCAUCGCUCUACACAGCGAGGAUGGUGAAUAUACGAAAUUGCCUGAAGGGUGGUACUCUUCAGAUGGAUAUGGCGACAAGAUGUUGCAGUAUCUCACUGAUCGGAAAGAGAAGGGAGAUGAGCGUCCGUUUUUCGGAUAUUUGCCGUUCACGGCACCUCAUUGGCCAUUACAAGCGCCGCAGGAAUAUAUUCGCAAAUACAAGGGUGUUUACGACGACGGUCCGGAUGCUUUGAGGUUGGAAAGGCUUCAACGACUAAAGGAUCUGGGCAUGGUCCCGCAAGAUGUUGAGCCUCAUCCCGUGGUGGCAGACGAGGUGAAGGAGUGGGCGGAUCUCACUGAGGAAGAAAAGAGAAACUCGUGCCGCGCAAUGGAGGUCUUUGCCGCCAUGGUGGAAUGCAUCGACGUCAAUGUCGGCAAAGUAGUCGACUACCUUGAGCAGACGGGCGAACUCGACAACACCUUCGUCUGCUUCAUGUCGGAUAAUGGGGCGGAAGGUGCCGCGUACGAAGCAUACCCCAUGGUACAAGGCGCCAUGAUGCAACAUCUCAAGCAGUACUACAACAAUAGUCUCGAUAAUCUGGGUAACGGUGACUCCUUCAUCUGGUACGGCCCGCGAUGGGCACAAGCAUCCACUGCUCCCAGCAGAUUGUACAAGGCCUACACCACAGAGGGCGGCGUCCGCGUACCGUUCCUGAUGAAACCGCCGUCGACAUUUUUCGAUUCACGCAUAUCGAGGAACAGCAUCACGCACCAAUUCUCAACGGUGAUGGACCUCGCGCCGACUAUUCUGGAAAUGGCUGGCGUUUCUCACCCUGCGCCCACAUACAACGGUCGCGAAGUUGUCAGCAUGCGAGGCAAAUCAAUGGUUCCUUAUCUCACACAAGGACAUGAUCGUAUCCAUGAAGAAGAUUUUAUCCAGGGGUGGGAGACGUGUGGGCGUGCCGCUGUUCGCAAGGGAGACUGGAAGAUUGUGUUUAUUCCCAAACCAAAAGGAACGGAGAAGUGGCAACUGUAUAAUUUGGCUAGAGAUCCAGGAGAGGUACACGACCUGGCGGAUGAUGAACCAGAGAGGCUCAAGGCUUUGAUUAAGCUUUGGGACCAGUAUGUGUUGGAGACGGGUGUGAUUCCGUUGAGUCCUGAUUUGGGGAAGUGGAUGGCUGCGAUGGAGGAGCAGAUGCCGGAGAAUGCGUGGAUUGAGUAUGAGUAUUGGAAGGAGGGCGCGAGGGAGGAUCCAAAGCGGUUUACGAAGGAUAUUCCUAGGUUUGAGAGGAGGGUUGUUGCAAUUUAA